UUUAGACCGGAAAAAAAGUGCAUGAUGCUUGAGAAUUAGUCGUCUGGAACUGAAGAUAAAAAAAAAAUCAGAAAUGGAUGCCCAAUCCAAGCGUACACUCAACUGGCAUUUUCCCUUUUUUUUUUCCAGGGCAAAUAGAGAGAAACCAAGAAUUCAAGGGGUCGUCUUCUUUAUAGCUCUAUUUUUAUAAUUUUGAAUUUUCUUAGCCGAAUCCCCGCACCCGUAUCCAUAAUCUGCACCCCCGAAUAUUAAAAUUUAGAUUUUGCUGAAUCUGACACUCGGAUCCAUACCCGUAUCAGAUACUCGCACCUCGAGUCCGAGCAACUUAGCCUGAUUCUGCUGCCAUCAUCCUUUUGUUAGAAGCCACGACAGUUGUGCAUACCUCACAGCUGUUGUAGGUCUUGGGAGAUCAAAACAACGUGGUUCACGGAGCGUCGUCAGAGUAGUCACUUAAUUUAUUAAUCCUGUGGGCUCCUAGAUUUGUGCGGAUAAAUGGAAGUUAAUCUCCAAGAAAGCAUUCCCCCUAACCAGGGAUCAGGGGGUCUGCAGCAUGCUGUAAAAGCCACAGCUUCCUUUGGUUUUAGCAACAUGCAAGACAUGAACCAACAAGUGCUGUCCGUAGAUGCUACCGGAGAAGUCACUGCACGUGGUGAAGAGAAACAACCAGUUGUAUAUCGGCGUACACGAUUUAAGCAGAAACAACCAGUUGUGUAUCGGCGUACACGAUGGAAGAAGAAACAACCAGUUGUAUAUAGUCGUAUGGAAUGGACAGAUGAGAUGGUUAAGGUUUUGAUAACUGUUGUUUCUUACAUCGAAGAAGAUAUUUGGUCCAAUGGGAUAUUCCCAAAAAAAGGUAAAUGGUGGGCUAUUUCUAAUGCUAUGGCUGAAAGAGGUCAUCGUGUCUCACCUCAGCAGUGUGAGGAUAAGUUUAAUGAUCUGAACAAAUAGUUCAAGAGACGGAAUGAUAUUCUUGGGAGAGGCACUGCUUGUUCUGUUGUGGCUAACCCUGCCCUUAUGAGACUUAUGGACCUGACUCAUACUAUGCAGGAGGAAGUGAAAAAUCAUUUGAGUAGCAAACAAUUAUUCCAUCAAGAAAUAUGCUAAUACAACAAUCAAAAUAGAUUCGCCAAUACGCGGUCUGUAAUUUUCGUUCUUUAAGUAAGCCCUUUCCUGUUACCCUUAGAACGUACCUUUUAUCCCUUGUUUCCUGUUUUCUUUCUUUUGGUGUAAGACAUCCAAAAUCGUAACUUGUAUGGUGUGGUUGUUAAUUUAUGGAUCAGUGGUUGGAUGUUUAGUGCGUGA